AUGUACGUGCGAAAAAUAGAGCAGUCAUUCACCACGGGCAUAGAAGCAGUGCUAGAUGGAUUGACUGCGCCUCUUGGCGUUGUGCAUUUGGUUGAUCCGGGAGAAGCCAGACAGCACAUUGACCGGUGGGUUCCUUCACUGGAGAAGGAACUGACGGCAUUGGAACCCGCCAUUCAGAGGUUCAUGCAAGAUGAUGAGCUUCAUCAGCAACUGCAGUCCCAGGGUGGCGUGAUUGAGCUGCCGGCUAAGGUAGUGUACACAGUGAAGCCUCCCAACCAGGGGGCUUUGGAGACUGAGGCCUCAAUGAAUGCGCCGUCAAUGUCCAGGCAAGAGCGUGAGACUCAUUUGUACCGACGAAAGAGUCGGAUCGUAGCGUGCGGCAACAUGACAGAGCCUAGCUCGUGGGAGCUGUAUGCUGCUGGUGCGACCUCAGAAGUCUUGCGGAUUAUCAUCGCCGAAACGAGCUUUCGCGCAUGGGCGCUGGGCGUAUUGGACAUCGUUGCAGCCUUUUUAGGCACCCCAAUGCCUCCACCGGAUCAAUUUCCUCCUGUGAUUGUUCGGCCUCCGGGCGUUCUCAAGUUGCGCGGGCUCGCAGGCCCUAGAGAGCUUUGGCUACUGCGGAGAGCUCUUUACGGGCUGCGAGAGGCGCCGAGGCUUUGGUGCUUGCACAGGGAUGGAUUGCUCAGGUUAAUGACAUUUGAAACAGAUGAGGGCUUGCUUUGUCUGAAGCAGAGCAGUGGCGAUGAGAACGUUUGGAUGCUCCAGAAAGUUGAUGAGAUAUUUCCAGAAGUUAAGGGCUACAUACUCGUCUAUGUUGACGAUAUAUUGUUGGCCAUGCCUUUGGCAUUGAUGCGUGCUGUUGCGUCCAAACUGCAAGACACGUGGAACACUUCUCCCCUGUGUGUUGCUUCAAAGGAGACGCCGGUGAAGUUCUUAGGUCUUGAUGUGGUGGCUGUUGAUGGUGGAUUCUUUGUGACGCAAGAAACGUAUGUUGACGAGCUAGCGCGGAUCCAUAAUCCUCAUCCUCCAGCUGUCACGCCUUUGACACGGGAGGAGUGCUCAUUUGAGUUGACUUCGUCCGAUGUUCCACCGACGCCAGAACUCACUUUGGAGUGUCAACAACGGGCCGGAGAGCUGUUAUGGCUCUCGCAGCGCAGUCGUCCAGACAUCGCCUUUACAAGUGCUCUGGUAUCCAGUCUGUCCACUCGAGCUCCUGCGCGUGCCAUCCGUGUUGCACAGAGAGCCCUCCGCUACGUUGCAUCCACGCGGUCUUCCGGCAUUCUCUUUGUUUCGCACAGCGAGGCAGCUCUAGAUGUCUACACCGAUGCGAGCUUUGCUCCAGAGGGCACGAAAAGCCAUACUGGCUAUGCUGUCUUCUACAGGAAUGUGCCUGUACUUUGGCGGAGCGCCCGCCAGGGUCUGAUCACCCUGAGCACAGCGGAGAGCGAACACAUCGCUCUUCAAGAAGGCGCUGUGGCCGGCUUUUCUGUAAGAGCAUUGAUUCAAUCCCUGCUCCUCCCAGUGUCCACGCCUGUUCUACACUGUGAUUCGACUGCAGCACUUGCCAUUCAGGCUCUGAACAAAGAGCAGAUUUGCUCACAAAGCCGUUUGCGCGUCCUAGACUGCUGGAGCUCAAUGGACUGUGGGGCUUAG